AUGGCUGUCAAAAAGGACGCUGGUCGAGGAAGAAGCAAAAAGCGACCACGCGACAACCCCGGCCAGCUAGUUAGCCAGUUAACCGCCGGCCUCUCUUCUGGUUCCUCCUGCGUGUUCGAUGCAGUGACUGGAGCGGAGCCUGCCGUCGUCUUGCUGGACCAGCCUGGCGUUGGAGUUGAUCAGAGAUGCAGCUGGGGGAUGCUGGGAGAUGCUGGAUGUUAUAGUUAUAUAGAUGGAGAUGGAGAUGAAGUGGAUGGAGAUGGUUAUAGCUAA